AGGUAGAGGGAGCCGAGCAGAAAUCGUCGUAGCAGCGUAGCCCUCUGGGAAUCGUCAGUCUGGUGGUGACUUUCGCACGCGAGGGACCGAAUUCGAUUCCUUCGACUCCUUUGAUUCCGUAGUUCGCCGACGGUUGCGUACCGUGCGUUGGCCGCAUUCUACAACCGCAUUCCAGCUUGCUCUGAGCCAUCUGCCGACCUUUUUCUGCGCUCUAGUGACUGUGACCCAUUAUUCGGCGCACGCGACCCCUGUCAGCAUGCUGGUUUCCGGCAGCACGUGACCGUUUCUCCUGCUGGAAGUGCACUCGCAACCGUGUUCUCUCUCUCUCUCUCUCUCUCUCUCUCUCUUUUUCUCUCUCUUUGUCUGUCUGUCUCUCCGCAUUCCUUUUCUCGGCCUUCCCGACGGCACAGCGAUGCCAUUCUUCUGGCUGUCCGGGGGUUCCGGAUAUCUAAAGCGUGCGCACACUGAACGCCUCCAUGAAAUCUUCAAUCAGUACGCAUCGCAGGAGAAGAAUGGCGAGCGGUUCAUGACCCCGUCCGACUUCGUGCGAAGCUACCUUGGCCUCUACACUGACCCAGACUACAACCCUGACUCUGUCAAUCUGCUCGCCGGUAUCGUCGACACCAGCAAAGAUGGGCUCAUAUCGUUCGCCGAGUUUCAAGCGUUCGAGGGGCUGCUCUGCGUGCCGGACGCUCUCUACAAGACAGCGUUCCAGCUGUUCGACACUAAUGGAAAUGGAAUGGUUGCGUUUGAGGAGUUCGCUGAGGUGAUGCGCAAGACGGAGUUGCAUCAGCGGAUGCCGUUCAACAUGGACAGCAGCUUCAUCAAACUCUAUUUCGGAAAGGAUAAACAGAGGUUGAUCAGUUACGCGGAGUUCAGUCAGUUUUUACACGACUUUCACGAAGAGUACGCGAUAGAGGGUUUCAAGAAGUUCGAUAAGGAUGGGCAAGGUUUUAUCUCGGCACUGGACUUCCAAGAUAUCAUGCUCAGCAUCAAGAGUCAUCUGCUGACACCCAACGUCAGGGAUAACUUGGUCGCUGCUGCGAGUAUCGGACAAUCGGGAAGGAAAAUCAGCUUUCCUUAUUUCAUGGCGUUCAACUCUCUCUUGAAUAACAUGGAGCUGAUAAAACGUAUCUACCUGAACGCGACCAACGGCCACCGAUACGAAGAAGUUACCAAAGAGAGGUUUCUCCAUUCCGCGCAAAUGAUGUCGCAGAUCACCCCGCUGGAGGUGGACAUUCUGUUUCAGCUUUGCGACCUGCUUCAUCAGACUGGAUCUACGGAAGAUGACGAGGCAGACUCGCGGCUUGGGAAAAUUGUAUACAAUGAUCUCGUGGCUAUGACACCUGAGCAGUAUUUCAAGCAAAUUACAAAACGCCUAGCCGAGAUCAAGGCGGUGUCGAGCCCGGAAGAGCGGGGCGUGAUCGUGCAGAUUCUCGAGAGCGGAUAUCGGUUCGUGCUCGGCUCGAUCGGAGGAGCGGUGGGCGCGACAGCUGUGUACCCCAUCGACCUGGUAAAGACGAGGUUGCAGAACCAGAGGACUGGAUCUCUGGUCGGCGAGCUGAUGUACCGAAACAGCUUUGAUUGCUUGAAAAAGGUAAUCCGGCACGAGGGUUUCUUCGGGCUUUACAGAGGUCUGCUUCCGCAGCUGAUGGGCGUCGCGCCCGAAAAGGCGAUCAAGCUGACCGUCAACGACUUCGUCAGAGAUAAGUUCAUGGAUAAGAAUGGCAAUUUGCCCCUUUACGGGGAGAUAUUGUCCGGCGCCUGCGCCGGAGGGUCGCAAGUGAUAUUCACCAAUCCAUUGGAGAUCGUAAAGAUCAGACUUCAGGUGGCUGGAGAGAUAGCCGGAGGUUCGAAAGUGAGAGCUUGGUCCGUCGUCAAAGAGUUGGGUCUUUUUGGAUUGUACAAAGGUAGCAGAGCUUGCUUCCUCCGGGAUAUUCCCUUCAGCGCUAUCUACUUCCCCAUGUACGCCCAUACGAAAACUAAACUGGCGGACGAGGGAGGGUACAACACACCCCUUUCCCUCCUGUUCGCAGGUGCAUUGGCAGGCGUGCCUGCUGCAGCUUUAGUCACCCCCGCCGAUGUGAUCAAGACGAGAUUACAAGUGGUAGCCAGAGAGGGUCAAACAACGUAUAACGGCCUGCUAGACUGCGCUAGGAAAAUUUUCAGGGAGGAAGGGGCCAGAGCUUUCUGGAAAGGAGCAUCAGCACGAGUGUUCAGAUCGUCACCCCAGUUUGGCGUCACCCUGUUCACUUACGAACUGCUGCAAAGGUUGUUCGUGGUCGACUUUGGAGGAUCGCGACCUGCUGGAUCAGAGCUUAAGAUACCGGCUACGGGAGUGGCGCAAGCGAUCCGAUCGACGAACCCGGAUCAUAUAGGCGGCUACCAGAUAGCUUUGCCGAUCUUCACUGGCAUCGAGACCAAGUUCGGUCUUUGUCUGCCGAGGUUCCAGACGGUUACACCAGGGAAACAAUUAAAGUAAUAAGGUUGUAGGAAAAUCGAGAGAUCGUCGUUGUUAGGGAAGCAAAGAAUAAUACAGAGAGCUCCAUAGUAUCCACGAGAAA